AUGAGCUCAGACUAUUCCUACGAUGACCAGGCCCAGUUCUUCCCGUACUUUAUCCUGACGCUGACGGGCCUCGUCACGAUACCACUGACCUACAGUCUGCUGCGGCCCAGCAGCGACGACGAGAAGCUCGCGCCGCGCAUCCAGACGGCCUACAAGAUCAAGGAUGUCGCUGCCGUCGAGGGCCUGCGGUCUGCGCAGAAGCGGAAGCAGCGCAAGAUCAAGCGGACGCUCGUGGCGCUGGCGGGCUGGGGCCUCAUGGGCUUCAUGGUCUAUCUCAUCAUGGUGACGACGCCGCUCGUGGCCAAGGUCUGGAAUCCGUACGAUAUUCUGGGCAUCUCAGAGUCGGCAACGGACAAGCAAAUCAAGUCGCACUACAAGCGCCUCUCCGUCAAGUUCCACCCCGACAAAGUCCGGCCCGACCCGGCCAAGAACCAGACGCUCGAGUCGCUCAACAACCACUACGUCGAGCUUACAAAGGCCUAUCAGUCGCUGACGGACGAGGACGUGCGCAACAAUUACAUCCAGUACGGCCACCCCGACGGCAAGCAGAGCCUCAGCAUCGGCAUCGCCCUGCCCAAAUUCAUCAUCUCGGACGGCAACGGCAAGUACCUCGUCCUCAUCUACACAUGCCUGCUCGGCGUGCUGCUGCCCUACCUCGUCGGCUCAUGGUGGUACGGCACCAAGCGGAGAUCCAAGGAGGGCGUCCUCAUGGAGAGCGCCAACAACCUGUUCCGCCAGUACGACGAGGCCAUGGACGAGGCCGGCAUCAUCGCCGCCCUCAGCGCCGGCAAGGAGUUCGAGGAGGUGCUCAGGGGCGACCAGGCCGAGUCGGGCCUGUCCAAGAUUGAGGCCCGCAUCACGGCCGAGGGCGAUGCCUCUCCCUUUGCCGCCGGCUUCUCCGUCAAGGACAAGGAGAGACUCGAGGACCUCGAUAACGGCGUGCGUCGCAAGGCUCUUGCCCUGCUGUGGGCGUACCUGGGGCGGGUCGAACUCGGCGACGCAGCCUUGACCAAGGCCAAGUACAACAUUGCGCCCAUUGCCCGCACCCUGAACAAGUCGUUUGCCGCCAUUGCGCUCGCCUACGGCAAUAUUGGCCCGAUUGCCGGGUCCUUUUACGCCAACCAGCACCUCAUCCAGGCACUCUCGCCCAAGUCCUCUCCCCUCCUCCAGCUCCCUCACUUCACGUCCAAGAUUGCCAUGGCAGUCGAGGGCGAUUCCAAGACUCACAUGACGGUCCAGCAGUUCAUGGACCUCCCCGAUGCGCAAAGGCGCCGACUGGCGGUCGGCAAGGGCCUGCUGAGCGAGGACGAGUAUAGAGCGAGCAUCAACGUCGGCAAGCAGCUACCCUACCUGCGAGUGGCCAAGGCCUUCUUCAAGGUGACUGGCGAACGCGUCAUCAUCCCCUCGUCCCUCGUCAGCCUGGUCAUCAAGGGCCGCUUCAUCCCCCCCGGCGCCGAAAAGAUCCCGCCCAUCGACGAGCUGGACCUCGAGGACGUGGACCCGGCCGAGGACGACCUCGAGGCCCUGAUGGGCCGCAAGACCAAGACGAUCAAGGGCCCCGACGGCAAGCCGAUGUCGGUGGAGGAGAAGACGGUGCUGCCGCCGCUGGCGUUUGCGCCGCACUACGCCCGUGAGCACACGCCCAAGUGGUAUGCCUUCCUCAGCGACUCCAAGCAGGGCAAGAUGGCGGUACCCCCCUUUACCUUUGACCGCUUCGACCAGCCCAUUUUCGACGACCAGGGCAAGCCGACGUUUGCCAUGCAGACGCUCAAGGCGCAGUUUGCGGCACCUCCGCAGGCGGGCCACUACACGUUUGUCAUGCACGUCAUCUGCGACUCGUACGUCGGCUUCGACACAAAGAUGGAGGUGACGCUCGUCGUCGAGGAGGCGGCCAAGGCGGCCAAGAUGGCGGCCGAGGACGAGAUUAGCGAGCCCGACGAAGACUCCAUCGCCGGCCAGAUGCACGCCCUCAAGACGGGCCAGGCCCCCGAGCCCCGGCGGCGGAAGGCCGCCCGCAGCAACGACGACGACGACGACGACGACUCGUCGGACGAGAGCGGGACCGAGGAGGAGGCCGAGGACACGAGCGACACCAACACGGACACGGAGGACGAGUCGUAA